AUGCAUCGACUGAAGGCAGACGAGGGAUACUUGGUCGGCAAGGGGCUUCCCCCAGUUGCCGCUUAUCUCACGAUUGAUCAGAUAAUUGACACCGCGCUACAGCAUAAUGUGGAUGCCAUUCACCCCGGUUACGGCUUCCUGUCCGAGCGGGCUGAUUUCGCACGAGCUUGUAACCAUGCAGGAAUAGCUUUUAUUGGCCCAAGUCCAGAUGUUAUGGCACGUAUGGGAGAUAAGGUGGCAGCUCGUCAAGCUGCUAUUGAAGCUGGUGUGCAAGUGGUACCCGGAACCCCAGGACCAAUUACCACAGCUGAAGAAGCAAUAGAGUUUGCCAAGCAAUACGGAACACCUAUCAUCCUGAAAGCUGCCUACGGUGGCGGUGGACGCGGCAUGCGCAGAGUUGAUAACGUCGACGAUGUAGGAGAAUCAUUCCGACGUGCGUUCUCCGAGGCACAAGCCGCAUUUGGAGAUGGGUCAUUAUUCGUUGAGAAGUUUGUGGAACGACCUCGACACAUAGAAGUCCAACUUCUGGGUAUGUUUGAGAAUCCUUGA